CCGCAGCCUCCCAGGCCACCCGCCUCCCGAGCCUCGGCGGCCAGCCCCGCAGCUGUACCGGAGCGAGCGGAGGCAGCGCACCGCCGAGAUGCGGGGCUGGGGGCAGGGCGCGGGGUAGGUGACUUUAUCCCGCCUCUCUUGCCCGGCCCAGGGGAGCAAUGACAUCACGUGGCUCUUUCCACGCGCCGACACAAAGAGCUGCUGCGAGAGGCCUCGGCCAGGGAGGCCGGCGGCCGCCGCUGCCUCUCAGUGCUCCGGGAUCCCGCCAGCCCGGCCCUCCGCCCGCUGUCCGCGCCCUUCUGCCGCCACCGUCGCCCGCUCCCCCCACGCACCGCUGAGCCCGCCCGGGCGCCGGCCCCUUCCCAUGCGGGCUGCGAGGGCCCUGGGAGGGGCGCCCGGAGCCAGCCGCGCAGUAUGCACUGGGGGGUUGGCUUUGCCUCGUCCAGGCCGUGCGUGGUGGACCUGAGCUGGAACCAGAGCAUCUCCUUCUUCGGCUGGUGGGCCGGGUCCGAGGAGCCCUUUUCGUUUUAUGGGGACAUCAUCGCUUUCCCUUUGCAGGAUUACGGUGGGAUCAUGGCAGGGCUGGGCUCCGAUCCCUGGUGGAAGAAAACCCUUUAUUUGACCGGGGGAGCUUUGCUGGCCGCGGCUGCGUAUCUGCUCCACGAACUCCUGGUCAUUAGGAAACAGCAAGAGCUUGACUCCAAGGAUGCUAUUAUUUUACAUCAGUUUGCAAGACCUAACAAUGGUGUCCCCAGCUUAUCUCCCUUCUGUUUGAAAAUGGAAACCUACUUAAGAAUGGCUGACCUACCCUAUCAGAACUAUUUUGGUGGAAAGCUCUCUGCUCAAGGGAAAAUGCCUUGGAUUGAAUAUAAUAAUGAGAAAGUGUCUGGCACAGAAUUCAUAAUUGACUUUCUGGAAGAGAAACUUGGAGUGAACUUAAACAAAAACCUUGGCCCUCAUGAAAGAGCUGUCUCAAGAGCCGUGACCAAGAUGGUGGAAGACCACUUCUACUGGACGUUAGCUUAUUGCCAGUGGGUGGACAAUGUCAAUGAGACCCGGAAGAUGCUGUCUCUUAGUGGUGGUCCCUUCAGUAACCUGCUCAGGUGGGUCAUAUGCCACGUAACAAAAGGAAUUGUGAAGCGGGAGAUGCACGGCCACGGCAUUGGCCGCUUCUCGGAGGAAGAGAUUUACAUGCUGAUGGAGAAGGACAUGCGGUCCUUAGCAGGGCUUUUGGGUGACAAGAAGUACAUCAUGGGGCCCAAGCUUUCCACUCUCGAUGCCACUGUCUUUGGACACUUGGCACAGGCGAUGUGGACUUUGCCAGGAACAAGACCUGAACGGCUAAUCAAAGGGGAGCUGAUCAACCUCGCCAUGUACUGUGAGAGGAUCAGGAGGAAAUUCUGGCCUGAGUGGCACCACGAUGACGACAAUACCAUCUACGAGUCCGAGGAGAGCAGCGAGGGCAGCAAGACUCACACGCCCAUGCUGGAUUUUAGCUUCUACUCAAGGACAGAGACCUUCGAAGACGAAGGGGCGGAGAACAGUUUUUCCAGGACGCCAGACACAGAUUUCACGGGACACUCUCUCUUUGAUUCUGACGUGGACAUGGAUGACUACACAGACCAUGAACAGUGCAAGUGAUGUCCCACCACUGACCCUCUUCCUUUGGAGUUGCCACUCCCUGGGGUCAGUCUGACUUCCCAGGUAGAAAUCCACCUGAGCUGGGAGGAGAUCUCCAAGCUUGGCCCAGUUUUAACAUGCUAACAGGACUAUAAGCCGCCUUAUUUCUUCCUUCUUUUUUUUUUGUACAAACAAAACACAGAACCAUUCAGAUGGCUCCGUUUAAAACAGACAAAACAAAUAUCAGCAUGGUACCUGAAAUCCAUUUUUGUUUUCAUUAGAAAACCGAUAUUGUCUGGGAGAGCAGGUACACGAAUGGAUUGUCACUUGAGAGUUUAUAUCGAGCCUUUUCAAAUGAGGACUUGGUUGUCAAGUGGAUUCUUGAACAUCUUUCAUCUGCCAGGGUUUCAAGUAAUGAGAGAUACCAUCAGAAAAAACAAUGUAGGAGAUAACGUCCUUUGGUUGCUGUUGUACUGUGUGUGUGUGUGUGUGUGUGUGUGUGUGUGUGUACUUGUUUGUUGAGACAGAUGUCAAAUGAAGUCCACCGAUAUUCAGUGGACAGCCGUUAGGUGUGUGGCGCUGAGUGGGGGUGCUAUGCAACAGGAGUUUCAUUCUAAACCCUGCCAGUGACUAGCUGUGUGAUUUGGGGCCGGUCCUUUAACUAUUGUGUGCCUCAUUUACCCCACCUGUAAAGUGGGGAUAUGACAAUACUCUCCACCUACCUACCUCACAGGGGUGUUGUGGGGAUUCAUGUGGCAGCAUUAGCAUGGCGCUUUAAACCUCCUGGAAGUGGUGCAACACGAACCAAUUUUAUUCUUCAUUGGGCUUCAUAAAUGUUAAGAUUUGAGGGCCAAGGACUUCCUUGCACAGUCACUUGCAAAGGCUGUGCAGAUGAAACACAUACAAAACCUAUUAGGACGAUGUUGUUCCUUUUUGUGACUUUGCUGGAAGAACUUUGGAAGUAGCCUCGCAAAUCACCAUCAGCUAUGGGUGGUCCUCAGCUCUGAUCGUUUACAGAACAGCGUUUCUUUCAUUGCCGAGUGCCUUGGCAUGUGGCUUGACUGCCUCCCGAGUGCUAACUUGCCUAUGUCUAUUGAUUUGGAGAAGAUAAAGCUUAGGACCAUGGCAGGUUAACAGAGGUGAUGAAAAGUAUUUGACUUUUGUAGGCAGAAGCUUGUCAACUGUCAUGACUUUUUGAAGACAAAGAUGCAUUGGAAAGAGAAGCAUGGAGGUGUUCCUUGUGUCUGAGUUCUCCGCAGUUUCCUUAAUGCAUCCUGUCAGGUGUCCCACUGUUGUUGCGUGAGAGCAGCACAGCACUGACAACACAUCCUAGGGGUUCGCGAUCUCUCAUCCCUUCCCGUCACCCUUCUCUUUCCCUUCCCCCAAAGUCCCCAAACAGGUGGGAUGUCCCUGUAUUAGUAUUUGUCUCUGAAGACAGCUUUGGAUAGCUUAGCUCAUUUUUCAGGCAAAGAUGGGGCAAGGGUUCUGUGCGGUGGCUGUGGAUUUGGGGUGUAAGUCUUAACUGCAAACCAAUGGCUUUGCUUCUGACCAACUGGGUAAAGGUUACUCCUUAUAGGGUUGAUGAGGCUCCUCAAAGACAGAAGUUUCUGAGAAAUUAAUGUAUUUUCCUUGAAAAGUAACCCAUUUUUAACAUACCUUUUCCACAAAAAUCUUUAAAGAGUUGUUCAUUUCCAAAGAGGCAAAGAGGGAGCAUUUUGAAGGUGUCUACCGCUUAAGCAGCUGUAGGGCAUAUGGAAAUGGGAAGCCUGUUGAACUCUUAUGUUACACAGUUUUACCUAUAGAAAACUUAGCCAUGAAUGUUUUGUAUUAAAGCCAUUCCUAUGGAGGAACUGAUUGAUGAGUAGUAAUAGGGUGUCGAAGGUGUGCACGAUUAAGCAUGCUUGUGUGUUGGUGUCAUGUGGUGUCCUGUUCGUCUCCUGGUGUUUUGAGCACCUGGUGGCAGUUCCAGGGGACUAGGGAAACUAUUGAAUGGAGCAUGGAUGAUAGGAGGACUGUGGAUCAGACUCAGCACAAGUUCCCUUGCCCGCUCCCCUCUCUCAGCUGGAAAGAAACACUUGCCAUUUUGCAUAUAACCAACUUAAUCUUCCUGUUCGAUGUUUUCUCCUGUAAGGAUGCUUUGAGUAUGAGUAUGUGGAUUGAUGUCUGCUUUCUAAUGCUUUACUUGGAAGUGUAGGCAGUGUUGUUAAGCUGUAGGGUAAUUCCUUUCAUACAGGCACCCCCAGAGGGGCGUAAUGAGUGGGCAUUACCAAUUGGAGUCACAAUUGGGUACUUUGAAGAUACAAUUUUGAGUAGAACCUGAGAGUACACCUCUGUUUCCCUCCUCCAUGUGGAUUAUUGAAGAAAAGUACCCAAGAUAAAAAUCAUGGCCAUGAAAGUUCUUAACAGAAGGGCUUUACUCUUUAAUGUGCUUCCCAGAUGUGCAACCCUGGCCAGUUUAGUGAACCGGUGCUACUUGUAAGGGCAACAAUAAGAAAACAGGGGAUGCUUUACUUGUUUGCUCUAGUUUUGUUUUUGUUGUUUGUUUGUUUGUUUUUUGUUUUUUUUCUAGAAAGUAAUGUGAGAAAGCACACAAUCUUUUAUGUAAACAGAUGCUUUUGACUGGGCAGAAAAUCCAAGGACCACGUGUUACUUUUAACCUUUUAUCAUAGAAACGAAGCUUCUUAUGUGGCUGCUUCCCGCUCCGUAAUCAGGAGUGGUGAGCGGGAUAAUAUACAUUUAUGCAGAAAUCGGCUAUGCUGUCAGAUUUUACCACUUUGCUAUCCUAUAAUCAGUUGUGACCAGUGACACUACCAAGGCCAUGGCUACCGCACUGUUGAUCACAGAUUGAGAAUAUUUUGGAUUUAUGUAACUAUUGCACAGAGUGUUACAGAUGCUGUUCAGAAGUAAGAGUUGAGGGAAGGAAGUACUGGAUUUGUUUGCAAGCACAGAAAACUGAAGGAACUCUAGGACACAGCUCUAGAGAGCCCCUUGAGGGAGAGCCACAGGGGUCAUUAAUGUCUCCGUCACACACCGUGUAUUUUGAGGAGAAAGACCCACCACGGGAGUCUUUCACCUUGCCCUGGAGAGCUCUUGCCAUCACACCAUCUCGCUUUGGUUUCCUUACAAAGCCAUGUUCUGAGUAACUGCUCCGUGUUUUAGUACCAGCACACCUGACCUCACUGUGAGUGCUGGAUUCUCUGUCACCUUCCAUCCAGCCAGGCUGCUUCAGGCCAAUUCAAGAGGCUUUCCCUCAGUGUCUAUCCUAUGUGUAGCGCUGCUAGGUUCUGUGAAUCCAGCAACAAGCUGGAUUUUCAAAUAAAGUACUCCCCUUUCUGACUUUUAUCUUGGAAAUAACUUGUGCUCACUUAGUCACUCACUGAAUAUGUCCUGAGCAUCUACCCUGUGUCGGACCCUGGGACACACACUAGGUGUAGAGUAGCUAACAAGGCAGACAUGACACCGACUUCAGUGUGUCCCGUUUUGCUUCGAUUUCUGUGAUGACCUUUACACACCCAGACUCUUCCCAGAUCUAUUUCAUACAUUACCGCUAGAGCAAACUUUGGAAAAAAUGUGAGGUCUGUAGGGGUAUAGGUUGCCUCAGGCUGAGGCUUCCUCCUUAAGGCCCGAUAUUCUCACUUCCUUCUCUUGUCUCCCAUGGCUCUUCCAUAUACCCUGAGUGCAGCAGAUCCAUUUAUCACCACCUAUCCAUGCAUCCUGCAUUCCAGCUUUGUGUUUCUGGUCAUGCCAUCCCCUCUGCUGAAAUGCCCUACCCUCUGGCCCUGAUCACCAUCUCUUAAGGCCCAACUUCAUCAGUUCCGCAUGAAGAAGUCCCAACCUAUUAUCAUCCCCCUUUCCUCCAAAAACAAAAACACUUAGCGUUUUCUUCCCUGAAGGCCAGAUGGGAAAAGCAUGCUCAGAAAGUGGGCUACAUGCAAAAAGUAAUGGGUUUUUAUUGUGUGUGUCAGUGCCUCCCUCCAUUGAUAAUCUAAUGAGAGUCCUAGGCUCUAUUCCCAGAAAAGUGCAUAUAUGCAAAUAUCUAAAAUUUAACAUGUAAAUUCAAAGAUUUGGAAAGUGGAAUUGCUCUUUGUUUCCUCAGGGGGUCCACAGACCCCAGAUGAGGAGGUCUUGUUCUAAAGAGUCUCUAAACAUCACUGUUAGUGUUGUUCUUGUCUUUUACACAUCUGGGGAGGAGAGACUUGGUAUGAGAUGUGCAAGCAAAAAUGGUGUCUUUUGUUAACCACACCGAAUACGUGCCGAGUGACAGAGAGGGAAGACAGAACAGCUGUCUCACAUUGAGAAAAUACCUUUAUUCAGAUUUAGGAUUUUAAUUUUUAUGUAUGUGUACUUGUAUUUGGGGGAUGCUCACACUUUUGAGGUACACAAGUCAGUAUGGGGAAUUGGAUCCUGACCAGCUGCAGAAACAGGUGUUAGCCAGAAGUGGGUGCUGGAUUAGAAUUCUGGCCUUCAUGAAUGAGCAGCAAUCACUGUGUAUGACUGAGCCAUCUCUCCAGCUCUGGAUUUGCAAUUUUGAAAGCAAUAUAGUUUUUUGUUGUUGUUGUUAUUGUUACUUAUUUUUAACCACUUCAAAAGUUGAUGUAGCAAAGUGACUUCAGGACCAAGUGAGUAUUGUUUCUGUCCUGAAACCCACCACUUGAGUCGGUAAGCAGUGGGCUUGGGGCUGAAGGUUGGAAAGAAGUGGCUGGAUUUUUUUUCUUAUGGAAUAAGAUCUAUGCAACAAAUUUCCCUGUGUUCAUUAUUUUCGUGAGUCAGUUGCUGAUUCUAUUUUCAAUAAAAUGGUGAUGCAUGAUCCAGGUAGGGAACAGCCCAGUUUAUUCUUCCUUUAAAAUAACAAAACAAAAAGCAGAACAAAGUUAUCUUUAUUGCUCCUGACUGACCUGGGUUCCUUUCUGGGUGUGCAGUAUUGUUGAGAAGACCUAGGACUGAUGUAUUGAAUAUAGUAGGAAAGUAUAAGCAUAUUCAGUGGCAAAUUUUCCCAGUUUGAAAGCUGAGCUCUGCUAGUUCAUCGCUAGCAGACCCAGAGACCAAUGGUGUGCAGCUGUGACAUUCUUUACUCAGUGCUUCUGGUGAGUUCCAUGAAUCUGCAGAGUUCACAAGGAUCUCCUUGGUGGGUGGGGAGGACUGGAGUGCCUGUAGAAUUCUUACUAAUGCCAUGGGUAGGUAACAAACACACGCUUUCUUUAUUUCAAUUCUUUAUGUGGAGCUUAGGUUUCUGGUCUUUGAAGAAUUUUCUGAAAUCCUGCAUCAGUGAUUGCUGGAACCAGUCAAUACCUUGAGUACAGUUAUGGGAGGCGGUGAAAAGUGGCUUAAGGGGCUCAGCUGUUUUACAGCCAGUAGGCAGUGUGACUUCAGCCAUUCUGGCUUUUGCAGAAGCAGAGAACUUCUCCAGAUCUGAAUUUCCAAAAGUCAUCUUGCUAGACCAUGACAUCCACGAAGCUCUGGCUUCAGGAGAAUCAUUUCUCUAAGACAUCUAGUUUGUGGGCACAAGAAGGGGUCUUUGCACUAGUGAGGCCAAGUACUGUUCCAGUGCUUUGGAAUUCUGUGCACAGUUAAUUCCAGCAAUGCCACCAAGCGUUUAAAAACUCUAUGGUCCCUCAUUACCAUUUUAGCUAUUUUAAGCUUACCUACUGACUGAUGAGUAACACACACACACACUUAUCAUGGCCAGUUCAUUGAAUGCGGAGUAGUAUUGCCAAAUGAGGGUAAUUAAUCUCCCACCCUCCAUCAGCAAGCAUUUGUUUUCCUUUAUUUGCUUUUAUUCUGUGGCUCCAGGUACUGCAUCUGUCAGUAAUAUCUUAAUCUUUUUCUUUAUUUAGCACCUGAACUAUCCUCUCAUCUUAAAAAAAUUGAUUUAGUUGUAAAUUGCCAUGUUUACUAGGGCUGGCCAAACAGGUAACAAAGAAGACAGUUUGUUUCAGGGCUAAAAGAGAGGAAGGCUUUUUAGUCUGAGGAGUCUCUUCUUUAUAAUAAUUGUUCAGAACGGAAGGGUCUUCCAUAUUUUCUUCAAUCCUACUUCUUCUGAGGGAUCACUUUUGUUUAUUAACCAAGUCCAGUGACUAUAUUUUAACUCUUAAUUAUAUAUUUUUUGCAGUAAUACGAUGGAAGACAACCUUUAACUUCUUGGCAGAUCUCUGUGCCUACAGGAGUGACAUGUUUCUGUAACUCCCGUCAAAGAGGUUUUGCCUCAGUAAUAAACCCCCUUAAAUCCCAUCAUGUUGAUUGUAAACAGGUUUUUUAAAAGCCCACUUACCUGCACUGUAUUAAGUGACAACUCAAGUUUUAAUUCAGGUGAUGGUUUCUUCAUGAUGGUGGUUGGGAAUGUGAGGUAUCAAGUCCUUUUCCUGGGAUUCUAGCCUUUCACUGAGACAGGAGAGAAAGAAAUGGCAACGAAUACCAUGACUCAGACACGGGUGUGGUAUGGCUGUGCUGGAGAUGUGCUGGCCAUGGAAAGCUUUAUAGGUGAUGGAAUGGUAUAAAAAUAAUAAAAAUACAGGCUUCCAAGUGAAAAGCAAAUGCAGUGAUUGAUUGCCUAAGGAUAUACAAGUGGCCAGCGUGGGAGCACAGAAGUAAUGUUUAAUCUUAAUUUCUGACCAUAGACACGGUCUCUGGACACAUAGUGCUAUUCAUCUGGAUCUCAUGGGGGCUGGGUCGGCAAUUUACAGAGCAACUUACAAGUCCUGGCCUAGUGUGUUUACUCCUUUGACUUUGCAACUUCAUUCUAGCAUCAAAAGUUAUGGCACUUACAGAAAAUAUACAAAGCAAUUAUAUUUUAUUUGAGAAGUUUUUUUUAAUGUCUGGAGAGCACAGGUCAUUUAUAUUUAGGCAUCUGUCCAAACCAUUGUAUUUAUCUGUAGAACUUUCUGUGCUUGUCUGUGUGUAUUUACUUAUGAUCAAUGCAGAUGUGUAUGUAUAGACACUGCUACAUGUGUACAUGGCCCUGCUUAUCUAUAAUGUUCAUUUUGAAGCAUCUCAGGCCUAGACAUUAGAAAGUGAAUAUUCAGUAGAGUUUAAGGAAUGGAGAUGCUUACUUAACUAGCAAUUUGAAGGCUGUAACUGAUUAGAGAAUGUGUCUGUAACCCAUGUGGUAAGUGCACAGAUAUGGAUGCAUGAUUUGGGUCAAGUUAUUUGCUAAUUUUUGUGUAAAGUAGGUGACAAGAAAAAUCAACAGUUAUAUGCCACUUGUUUUCCUCUGAGGUAGGAUCUCAUGUAGCUGGAUCUCAUUCCUACAAGAGCUCAUUUUUAUUCUGUUUUUGGGAAUACUUGGUCUAGAGUGUCCUGACAGUUACUAAUACUAAGGUAAAAACAAAGAAAUCAAGGGAGAUGAACCCCAAUUAUUCAUUAAAAAUGCCAGAAAAUUUGGGUACCUUUCUGAAAUGUAAGCUUUACUAAUACCUGGUAAUUACCAUCUUAUUUCACUGUGUAUCCAAAUGUAUGGAAGAUGUCCGGGCUCACCCUAAGAAAGCUGAGAUAGCAAGGGUCUCUACGGGCAUGAUUUCAACCUACCUUUCAGCUGCUUGGGGCUUAUGGAAGACAUUUACCUGUGUCACCCAUUUUGAAAACACGGUAAAUAGCAUCUCAUUGAUUGAAGGCCCCAAUAAGGAGGCAUCAUACAGUGUUUAUUUCUGGAGCCAUGAGUUACUUUAGCACAGUUGCUGUUAGUAGUUUAUAAAGCCAUAUUUCCACUUGUACACUUGAUUGUAAGAUAGAUUUAAAUUGUGCACUAUGUUGAUUACACUAUAUAAACGUGGAAAUUCUGUAUAUUUGGUCUUAUGCUGUAUGUAUUUGAUGUGUAAAUGAUAACUAAUGGAUAUGAAAUAGCUUGCUGUGGAUGUCUUAUUUCCAAUUAAUUUUUCUUGAAAAUCUGAAUGUUUAAUCUUUAUACCUAUGGGAAAAUAGUGAAAGUUUGCAUCAAAUAUGCUGUUAAGUGGUUGCCUCUUAGAUUAGGGGAACAUUUUAGUUGUACAAUUGGAACAAGGUAAUGACUUUGUUAGGCAUGUGACUUCCUGAUUGGAUUUAAAUGAGUGUAUUUCUUUAAGAAGAAGAACUGAUGUCUGGAUUAUGUAGUCUUCCCUUUUCUGCAAUUCCACCAUGCUCCAUGUGGCCUUCAAGUACACUGAGGAGUGAUAACCCUGGCCAAGAAGGAAUCAGAGGUAUAGCUAGGAGAGCAUCUUAAUUUAGCUGUGGCUAAACCCUGUAAUGAACCCACUUCUUGUAUGACAUUGCCUCUCUUAGUUUCUAUACUUCUUCAAUAAAAUAACCAUACUUUGCAUUUACA